GACGGAAAGAAACGCAGUGCGCCGUCUCGCUCGUCAGCCGUUAGAUCCGGGGAAGUGUUGCUGUUUUGACUCUACAAAGAAAGAGAUAAACCCGACGACGAAGGAAGCCAAGAAGAUCCUCUCUUGUUCUAACCAGCCUUGUUGUUCCCUUCCUCUCCUUCUGAUUUUGUUCUUCUCCUGAUUUUGUUCUCUCCCGCCACUUUAAUCUAUGGUUAUUUCCUUAUCUUGAUGAAUUUCUCCGCUUGGACGGCGUAUUUCUCCGGUUUUCUCUGCUCCCCAAUUCGUUGGAUCGCCGUUAAUCUUCGAACCGGUUCUGCCCAUUUGGCCCUUGUUGGUUGAUCAUGCAUGUACCUGAAAUUAUGGCUUGUAGCUCGGUUUUCAGAGGGUUUAAUUUGCUUCUCUUCCUCGCUCUUCUGUGCGCCGGCCUUGCGUCGGUGAGUCCGUCUUCCGUCGGGGACCACGGCGAGGUUCGGGCUCCAUUAAGGGCGUUGAAGGCACUUCCUGAUGCGGAUAGCGACGUCACCAGAGCUGGGACUGCACUAUCGAAGAGCCAUUUGUACUUGAGUGAGAAGCAGCUGCCUCUUGUUGCUCACUUGGAUGGUGACAUACAUUUUAUUGAUUUGGAGUCUGGGCGAUCCCGCUGGUCGUUCAAAUCUGGCCCUCCACUAACUUCGUCCUAUCGGAGGCCUGUCAAUGAUGGGGAUGAUAAUAAUUGUUCUUCUGGCCUUGGUAGAAAGCGUCAAUCCAGGGAAGCAAGAUUGGAAGGCGAUUCCUACAUAUACUGUGGUGAGGAUUGGGAUCUCUAUGUGCAUUCCAGGAAUAAAGGUAGCAUGAAGAUGCCAUUCUCACCAGAAGAAUUUGUGUCUGCUCUGCCACUUAUAUCAGAUACUGGAGAGGUUAUUCUUGGGUCAAAGAAGACAACUGCUUUUCUUGUAAAUGAAAGGGAUGGGAAAUUGAUUCAUAGAUAUGGUUCAGAGAAUGACAGUGAUGGUAAUGACGACAAGGUGAUAGUGAAAGUACAGGAUGAUUACCAGGAAAAUUUGGUACUUCCCAAGGAGCGUACUGGAGCUCAGAUACAGCCAAGCACCCUUGAAUCUGUCAAACCUAUUUUCAUCACAAGAACUGAUUAUUCAUUUACGUCAUAUGCUCCAAACAAAACUACUCUGUGGAAUGUGACUGUUGCUGCAAUUCAAGCUACUUCUCUUUGCCAAAAUUCACCCAAUGGAUAUGCUGGGGUACAAGACAUUGCCACAGGUGAACUUAAUCGGGAAAGUCAGGAUGGCUAUAAAAAUCCUUUCAAGUGCCAAACAACAUUUUCAGUCUCCAGAUCACAUCACCCUAAGAUUAUAAGGGACGGUGUAACUUAUCUUGUUCUUGACAAAUUACUGGCAAAUGAGCCUGCAAAUCAACAACAUGGACCUGAAAAUGUUAACAAGAAUUUGGAGGCCCUUCGAGUACUAGAAAAGCAUAGAUUCAUUUCUUAUUUGCAGGAAAAGGCAUUGUCUCCUUAUCUGCCGGCAGGCCAAUGGACUAACAAGGGCUUGGAGGCACUUCGAGUACUGGAAAAAAACAAAAUCCUUCAUGAUCUGCAGAUGGAUCCCAAUCCUUCUUAUUUGCUAGACAAGGGGAACCCUUUGGCAUUGUUGCCAUCUGAUGAGAAAGUAAAAAUCAACAUGCUAAAGCAGAAAUAUGUGGACGAAUCUAUUGAUGACCCCUAUGGUGCCAUAACAGUUUAUGAACCAAAAUUCCCUGCUGUACAAGUCGAGAUGAUACAAAAUGAAGUGAAGGAUCCUGAUUCACGCAAGGAUGUGAUUCACAUCUUACUUGCUCCUGGUUUUAUUUUUUUCAUUGUAAUUAUACCUUUGGUAAUAUUGUUGAUGAUGUUUUUGAAUAUUAGAGAUCGCGGAAAGCAGUCAAAUUCAACAAAGAAGACACCUGUAACCAGCAAAAAGCGAAAAUCUAAAAAAAGUGGCAAUACCAAAAGCACGAUGAUGACUGAUAUGCAGGAUAAAUUUUCUUCAGCAGAAACAACAGCAUUGGACGUGCACAAACAUUCAUAUAUAGAAAAAAUUGAUAAUGAAUCACUGGAUGGUACUAUGAAAGGAAAUCAAGGUGGGGGGCGCACAAUUGGGAAUCUUUUUGUGUCUAGCAUUGAAAUUGCAAAAGGAAGCAAUGGUACUGUGGUUCUUCAAGGAACCUUUAAUGGCCGUCUUGCUGCUAUAAAGCGUCUUGUGCGUGCACACAGUAAUGUAGCUAGCAAAGAAGUUGAAGCUCUCCUUCGAUCUGAUAACCAUCCAAAUAUUGUCAGAUGGUAUGGUGUGGAGUAUGAUCCUGACUUUGUUUACCUUGCACUGGAGCGUUGCGCUUGCAGCCUUGGUGAAUUAGUUGACCUCUAUGCACCACUUUCACAAGACGAUCCUUCUUUUGAUAUUUAUGUUUCAAACAUUAAGAGUAGAUCAGAUUCGCAGGUGGAACUGAUUGAUGGUAUUGAAGGUAUUGAGUUGUGGAAAAAAAAUGGAUAUCCUUCAACACAACUGUUAGGAUUGAUGAGGGGUAUGGUUUCUGGACUUGCUCAUUUACAUGACCUAAAAAUAAUACACAGGGAUUUGAAGCCCCAGAAUGUAUUGAUAAGUGCUGGAAAGCCUCUAUGUGCAAAACUGUCUGACAUGGGUAUAAGUAAAAGCCUUUCUGAUGGAAAAUCUUCUCUAACAAAUAAUUACACAGGAGCUGGUAGUUCUGGAUGGCAAGCACCAGAGCUCCUUCUCGGAGGAUCCCAGACAUUUGCAUUGGAUUUGUUCAGUCUAGGCUGUGUUCUUUUCUUUUGUAUCACUAAAGGUCGUCAUCCUUUUGGGAAUAACUUCGAAAGAGACACAAAUAUUGCAAAAGGUCAACCUGAUCUUUCUUUGGUUGAACAUAUUCCAGAAGCUGUUCAUCUUUUCUCCCAACUUUUGCAACCUGAACCUUCACUGAGGCCAUUGGCACACAAAGUGUUGCUGCAUCCUCUAUUCUGGAGCUCUGAGAUGCGUCUGUCAUUUCUUCGAGACAGUAGUGACAGAAUAGAACUAGAGGACAGAGAGAAGCAAUCUGACCUUUUGGAAGCAAUUGAGUGCAUUGGACCGGAGGUUUUUGGGGACAACUGGGAAAUCAAGUUUGAUUCUGUGUUUCUUGGAAGUAUUGGUAAUCACAGGCGAUACAAUGCAAACAGCACUAGGCAUCUUCUCAGGCUCAUUCGAAACAAAUGGAAUCAUUAUAUAGAGUUUCCCAAACAAGUACAGGAGUAUCUUGGAGACAUGCCUGAUGGAUUUGAUGUCUAUCUGACAAAACGAUUCCCCAAACUCCUAAUAGCAGUCUACAAAGUCAUAUACGAGUACUGCAGGGAGGAAACCUACUUGGUAAAGUAUUUUGAAAGCAAGAACAUAUGAGAAAGACGAAGAAAAUGUACACCUGUAACUGAGUGUCUGCGCAUCAAGUAACAGAGAUGUAGACAUUCUUUUCCAGCUGAAGUCAUGAUAUCUAUUCGUGGACCAGCCUGCACAUUAAGCAACACAGAUGUUGGCAUUGUUUUCCAGCUGUAAUCAAGAGAUCUAUACGUGGGCCACAAUUGGCAACCUCAACCACAGGGAUGUAUCUUGAUUGACUAGCACAGAGCUCUUGUAGGAUGGGAAAUCUUAUUGCUCCUCCAAUGCCACACUAUGUAAUGGUUCAUGCAUUUAAUCUUUCAUUCCAGGAAGGAAUGCAAUGUACAUUAUCCACAGGAAAUGUCAAUUGUAUAUACAGGUGCUUGUACAUGUAA